UCUCUAGAGGUGAAAACCCCCAAACGCCCUAAAUGAGAUGCUCCAAACCACAAAGUCCUUAACCGAGAAAGGGCUAACUGUCAACGAACCGUUCGUCCUUCACCUCUUCCUGGAUGCCCUUUCGGACGAGUAUGCCAUGACAAAGCACAACCUGCGACACGCGAAGGAGUUGACGCGGACCGGUGUGCUAAAGGAAGUAAUGAUCGAAUACAAGGCGAUCAAGGACAAGCUGGAGCAGGGGAAAGGAAAAGGGGCGAAGGGCGCAGAGCAAGCGUACUUCGCCGACGGUGAGGGCCGCAGGGAGCGGUACUCAAGUAGGAGUCAGGGGCAAGGUCGUGGUCGUGGCGGCGGCCGUGGCCGCAGCAGCAGUCGUGGCCGCGGCGGAGGCGGUCGCGGCGGCGGCGGCGGCGGUCGCGGCGGCCGCUCAGGCGGAUCCGGAGGAGUCGAGGAGAGCAAGGGAAGCAGCAGUGGAGGCGCCGAUGGCGGCGGUGGCGGGGACUAUAAGUUCCCGGGCCGGUGCUUUAGGUGUGGACAUCGUGGACAUCAAGCGAUCGGCUGCACUACCAACGAGAAGGACUUCGUGCCGUGGUGUGCGCGCUGCGAGGGGUGGGGCCACACCAAAGAAAAGUGCGCGACGGAGGAGGCCGUCCUAGCGCAAGUGGUGGAGCAUGAGAGCGACGUGGACUCCGUGGAAGACCAGGCGUUUUGUGCCGUGGCAGUCCCCCCAGGUGAGUGUGGUACCGUUGGUGAAGUAGGUCUAGUGGGGGUUGUGGAACAAGGCCAGGCGGUGUACGUGGCCGACACAGCGGCCACGUGCUCCAUGUUCCGAUGUGCAGACAACUUCGUGAACUACCGUGAGCGUAGCGGUUGGGUGAAGGGGAUCGGAGGCGACAAGGCCCCCGUUCCUCUUCUAGGAUACGGAGAUGUGACCUUAGUCCUACAGACGGAAGAUGGUGGAGUACCCGUACCAGUACUGAAUGCUGCCCAUGUACCAGAAGCCCCCUACAACCUCCUCUCGCUGUCUUCGUUGGCGGAGGAGGGCCACACGUAUUCGCGGAUGAAGGGGGGCCUCACGCUGACCACGAAAGCCGGGGGGGAGGUGUGGUCCCCCUGGACUGGAAAGCUGCUGACCCAACGAGGCUAUCAAAUAAAGCCAACGCCAUACACCGCCUGUGCCGCACACAUUGUUCCUGGCGAUGCGGAAGCAGCCGACCCCACUGACCUCAACGAGUACCACCUCGCGCACGGCCAUGUCCACGAGACAUUGCUCAGGAUCACGGCGGAGCAGCAGGGAGUGCAGUUGACGGAUGGACCGCUGCUACCCUGUCUUGGCUGUUCGAUGUCCAAGGGACAGCGGUUGGGUUUGAGAAGUUCCUGGCGGGCUACCAACGAAAGGGGUUCGGUGUGA